AUGAUACAACCUGUUCAUCCUUUCCAGGAUUUAUAUGCCAAUAAUGGGGUAGCCAUGGAAGAUGAUCUUCUGUUUAUGAAUUACUUUGAGUCGUCCACAUUCUCUCCUCCUUUUACCACAAUUUCUGAUAAUCUCGCACCUUCUGCCAUGUCCAAUGAUUUCAUUGACAUUGAUAAUUUUCCUUUUCACGUAAAUGAAAUGCAAAUUACAUUUCCCGUUGAUGAUUCUUCUUCGGUACUUGAUUUGGAGGAUUUGGACUUGGACCCCAAUCUGAACAUCGAUUUAGAAGAAAUAAGAGAUUGGUUGGAGAAUGGUGAUCAUGAUCAAGAAAGUGAUGAUUCCUCUUAUCAGCAACUUUCUAUGGGUCAAGAGGGUAAUGAGACAUCUAUGGAAGAGACUUCAAUAAUCCCGGAGCCAAUCCUAAACUUCCCUACAGAAGGCAUGGAGAUUAACAAUGAACUCUGUGCAAGCCACCUAGCCAAGGCUUAUGGUGAAGCCAUGGCGAAUGAACACAGAGAGCUCGCGGAGGUGAUCGUGAAACGCAUCAAUGCGAAAGUCAGUCCCGUCGGUGGGAUUAAGGAACGCCUUUUGUAUCAUUCAUUUCAGCCCUUGAACAAGGAAACUCAUGAUAACUAUCUUAAACAAGAGUCCUGCAAGGUUUUUGAUGCAGCUUUUAAGGCAUUCUAUAGUGUGUUCCCAAACGGAAUGUUCGCUCAUUUCACUGCGAACUCGGCGAUUCUUGAGGCCGUUCCUCAUGAUACUGAGGUUUUGCACAUUGUUGAUUUCGACAUGGGGGAGGGCGUUCAAUGGGCUUCAAUGAUUGUGGCUCUUGCUCAGCGACAAAAUCUGCUGCAACAAUUCGGUCUUAUUUCACAACAAAUAACAUUUAAACUUACAUCGAUAAAGUGGAAGAAUGCGGGAUGUAUUUGUGGUCAAGCUCAUCCCCAUUGGAGAUUUGAGGAGACAAAGAAGCAGCUUAUAUAUUAUGCAAAUUGCCAUGGCAUAAAGUUGAAAGUUGAGGAAAUGGAACUGCAAGAUUUGGUGCAUGAGAUAAAGAAAACUAAAAGAAGAGGAGGAAGGAGAGAAUGGAUGGCCUUUAAUUGCAUGUGGGCACUUCCCCACAUGGGAAGAAGAAGAAGAAGAGGGCAUGUUAUGGAGUUUCUAAAGCUGGCUAAAGAUUUUUUGGCCAAUUGUGAAAAUAACGAUGGUAUAAUCACUUUUGGUGAUGGAGAUACUUGGGAGAAAACAGAAGAUUACUCAUGUUUUGAAUCAUUUUUUGAAAGUUAUCAGGAACAUUACCAGGCAUUAUUAGAAUCAAUGGAAUGGAACCUCCAUAAUCUUCUUGCAGAAGCAAGAAUAGCCAUGGAGUGUCUCUUUGUGGCACCGUAUGCAUCUUGUCUUUCUUUGUUCGAAAAGUGGAAGGAAAUAAAAGAGGUCUGCGAAUUUGAGCCGGGAUUUGGGUUGAAAGGCGUGAGAUUAAGCAGUGAGAGCUUAAUGGAAGCUAAAGUAAUGGGGAGAGAAGGUGAAGGUUUGUACAGAGUGAGAAUUGAAGGUGAAAAUGCAAAUGAGAUGGUGUUGGAAUGGGAAAGAACUCCAUUAGUGAGAGUUUCUGCAUGGAGAUUAUAG